CUUCCCCUUUCUCAUUUUCUCUCUUGCAAAUCCCCCCUUAAACUAUUUCUUUCCGGCACCCCACCAGUUCAAGCCGACUCUCCCUCUCCCCACCGCCGGCAGCCGUACAGCCAACCUCCUUCACGCGGGAUCACAGCCGCACAUGGGACGAUAUUCACCGCCGCUCUAGUCUGCGCCACCUACAGUCGUUCAAGCCGCCAGACGCCAUUCAACAAACAGCCGAGACCUUCAGCCGCAGAUCCUCUGCAGGGUCAUCAAUGUCCACCUACUUUGUUCUUACCAUUUUGAUAGGCCAAUAAGGAGAAUGAUGAGGUCUAUACACAACUUACUCUCCGUCCCUUGCCAAAGUUAUUAGGCACUGGUCUAGAGGGCAAAGAGCUGGAGGAAUUGGCGUUGAAUGGGGUUGAUGGAGAUGGGAGUGGAGUGUUGCCUACUAGAUCUACACCUCAUAUGUUUAAUGGGGUUGAUGCUCACUACUGGAUGGAGUAUUUUUGUAAGCCAAAAGAAUCUUAUUUUUGGUGAUGCAGUGCUCUUUUUAAGGAGUGAAAAUGGAGAGCUAAGGUUGGGAAUAAGGCGAGCCGUUCGGCCUAGAAAUGGUCAUCCUGAUUCAAUUGUUGGCAACCAAAAUUCUUGUGCAAACAAUCUUACUCGUGUUGUGAAAGAUCCACUAAGAGCACAUUUGAUGUGUUUUAUAAUCCAAGGUUGACUUGCUUUAACAUGGCUUGCCUGACCUUUAGUUCUCAAUCUUUAGACUUCAAAGCUCAAUGUAUAGAUUAAAUAAUGUACUUUAUUGAGAGGUUACUUAUUAAACAAUUUGUCACUUUUGUGUUUGUUGAAAGUUAAGUUUUGUAUACAAAGGCAAUAGUUGAGAUUUCUUUUGUGCCUAUACAUGUGAAAGAGAAAUAUUGUUGUAAUUUGUGAGGACUGUUCAUGUGAAAGGUCAUAGUUGAACAUAUGGAAUUUUUAG